AUGUCUGAAGUUAUACAAGUCUUAAGUCUGAGUGAGAUGAAUGAAGAAGUUCUGUUAAUUCUUCAUGCUCAGGCUAGACAACUACAGGAAGUGAUCAAGUUCAAACUUGGAAUUUCAAACACAGUUCAAAAAACUUUGAAAAUUUCUAAUACAAUCACUGACUCUUCAAAGAAAACAUAUGCUCAAGCAGCUGAAUCUGCUGUCUCUAAACCUGCUGUCUCUAAACCUACUGUCUCAAAACCUGCUCAAAAUUCUGAGAAAACUGAGAAGAAUACUGCUCAUGCCUCUAUUCAUAGAAAAGUGGAAAAGAAAAUGCAAAAAGAGAAAAACUUCCAAAUCUCCAGAAAUAGAAGACUUAUUCUCAAAGUCUCAAACCAGGACAUUCUGCAAAGAAACAAGCUAAACUCAAAUCUCAUUUUCAGAAUCAGAAAUGAAAUUAACCAGCAGUUCUUUUCUCAGUUAAUGACUGAUAUUGAAGUUCAAAAACCAGUUAUAGCUUCAAUUGAACCAUCAUUCUUUGGAAACUCCAUCAUUCUGACUACAAUGCCUGAAUUCAGUGCUGAAUUCCUUAUUCAGAAUGAGAAUCUCUGA